UUUUUCCUGAAGGCAUUCUACUUUGUUGUUUCUUCAGAAGUGAAAAGAAGUCUUUCUCCUUGUACAUUGAAAUAAACCUUUUUAAGAUAUGGAAGAAGAUAAUUAUGAACGCAAUAUUACUAACAGUACUAUUUAUAUAUAUACAAGUUCAAUUUACAAUCUUACUCAGGAAGAUAGUAAUUGGAUAGUUACCAGUUCUUUUAUCAUUUUCACUAUGCAAACAGGUUUUGGUAUGUUAGAAUCAGGAUGUGUUUCUCUAAAAAAUGAAGUCAAUAUAAUGAUGAAAAAUGUGGUAGACAUAGUUCUUGGUGGAUUAACUUAUUGGAUAUUUGGAUUUGGCAUGAGUUUUGGUGUAAAUAAACCCACUAAUUUUUUUAUUGGUAGUGGAGGUUUAUUAAUUGAUCCACCUGUAGGUAGUGAACUUAUGGGUCCUAUUUGUGCUGCAUUUUUAUUUCAAUUAAGCUUUGCUACAACAUCUACAACUAUUGUUAGUGGUGCAAUGGCUGAAAGAUGUAAUUUUAAAGCUUAUUGCCUUUUCUCAUUUUUAAAUACAAUCGUAUAUUGUAUACCAGCAGGGUGGGUAUGGGGUGAUCAUGGAUUUCUAAAAUCUUUGGGUGUAGUUGAUAUAGCUGGAUCAGGGCCAGUACAUCUUGUUGGUGGAGUUUCAGCUCUUGCAUGUGCCAUAAUGCUUGGACCAAGAUUAGGCAGAUAUGACUCUGGAAUAGAACCUUUACCUUUGGGCUGUCCUGUAAAUGCUAUAAUGGGGUUGUUUGUACUAUGGUGGGGAUGGCUAGCAUUUAAUAGUGGUAGUACAUAUGGUGUAAGUGGUCAACGUUGGCAAUAUGCCGCAAGAGCAGCUGUUUCUACAAUGAUGGGAAGUAUAGGUGGUGGUUUAGUUGGCCUUGGAUUUAGUUUGACUAAUCCAAAUGGGAUUGAUAUCUUGAGUCAAAUAAAUGGAAUUCUGGGUGCAUUGGUUGCCAUUACAGGUGGAUGUUUUUUGUAUUGUGCUUGGGAAUCGAUAAUAAUAGGGAUGAUAGGUGGAUUUAUUACUUGUUUUAUAAUGCCAAUGUUAGAUAAAAUACAUAUUGAUGAUCCUGUUGGAGCAUCUGCUACACACGGAGCAAGUGGAAUAUGGGGUGUCAUAGCUAUUGGUUUGUUUGCUGAUAAUCCAUAUCCUCUAGACACUACCAGUGGUAGAAGUGGUUUAUUCAAGGGUGGAGGUUGGUAUUUGUUAGGUGUACAGAGUUUAUCUGUAUUAUGUUUAGCUAGUUGGAGUUUUAUUUCUUCCAUAAUAUUACUGUGGUUAAUUGAUAAAAUCUUACCAAUAAGAAUGAAAGAGGAUGAAGAAUUACUUGGUGCUGAUUUAGUAGAACACAGAAUACGACACGUACAGAUUGGAGUGAGCAGAGCAAUGUCUGCUUUUGAUUCUUCUACAUUAGUUGAUACUUUAAAUAAGGUGCACCCUGUGGGAAUAAAUCCAGGUCAUGAUUUAUACAUCUCAAAAAACAAACGUAAGAGAUAUGGAAAUUUGAUAAAUAUUAAUAAUUUACGUAUAAAAAAAAAAUCUUCGAUUUCUUCACCAGUACAUGCAAUAACAAACUCUGCGACAUCUAUAAAAAAUAUACCACACUUGGCAUGGAUUGAUUAAAAAA